CUGCCUCUCUCUUUCUAUCUUCCUCUCCAUCGCUCUCCCUCGAUCUAGAUCUGCGUGGUGUAGCAGGGCAGGCCAAGCCCCUGAAGCCUCAGCGCUCCCUCCCUGGGACACCUGUCACUCACACACUCAAACACUUCCCCAUCAACCUGCGUACAUCCAUGGACGGAAAGUACAAGGAGAUCGCCGAGGUGAGAGCACAGGGACACAGUGUUGUCAAGCACUUUCCAAAUACGUGUUUGCGUGCGACUGUGCGUGUGUUAGAUGUUUGUGUGCGACUGUGCGUGUGUUAGAUGUUUGUGUGCGACUGUGCGUGUGUUAGAUGUUUGUGUGCGACUAUGCGUGUGUUAGAUGUUUGUGUGGGUGUUAAAUGUUCAUGUUGUUUAUGUAAGUUUGUGUAUUGUAAUGUUUAGUUAACUCUUCCUGUGUGUUCUAAUGUUUAUUUGACUCUCUGUGUAUCUCUCAGGAGCUGUUCACUCGUAGCCUGACGGAGAGUGAGAUGCGCACCGCUCCUUAUGAGUUCCCUGAGGACAGCCCCAUCGAGCAGCUGGAGGAGAGACGCCAACGCCUGGAGAGGCAGAUCAGCCAGGACAUCAAGUAGGGACACACACACAGCAGCAGACAUGCACAGUCACAUACACACCAACACAACUCCUCCAUACACACCCAAACACCCCCCAUAUGUGACCAAUCAAGGUAUCCUGUCUGUACCACUGCUAACUGAUCAUGUUUCUCUGUUUGUCUCAUCACAUCUGAUCACCCUUCACACUCUGAUCCCCUUUGUGUGUGUCAUGUGCGUUACUGUGGCUAUCUUGUGUGUUUUGUUUGUGUACCUGUAUUUGCAUCUUCUCUGUCUGUCUUUCUGUGCUUGUGUGUUUAAAUGUGUGUACGUGUGCCCCCCCCCCCCCCCCCCCCCCCCCCCCCCCCCCCCCCACCACUACCACGCCAGGCUUGAGCCAGAGAUCCUGCUCCGCGCCAAGCAGGAGUUCAUGAAAAUUGACAGCACUGCCGACCUGGAGUGAGUGAGCUGUACUUUCAGUCUCUCGCUAUCUUUUGCCUUUUCCUAACAAUCUUGCGAAUACAUAAAGUCAAGUUUUUACCUACACCGUAUGUACAGUCCUUGGCACUCAUUUGCCGAAGAGUUUAAUUUUAAAUGUAUAAUCUGGUUAUAUAUUGAGGAUGUUCCACUCCAGCUCCAUUAGUGAAGAAUGAGUUCCCUGUGUGCUGCCCCCUACUGGUGAUGUGAGGUAUAGUCAUCACAGGUGAUGUUGAUGUGGAUUCUUCAGGGAGGCCUCUGAGGUACAGGGCUGUUAUUCAGUCCCUCCAGGAUUCUGCGAUUGCAGUUUUUUAAGCAAAAUUAUGCAUAUUAUGUGAGGGCUUGCAAAUUUGACCAAUCACUGCACUAUUUCUGCAUACAUCGCAAUAUUAUCUCAUAAAACUGACCAUCACCUCAGUACAAAAAUAGGGUUUGCAAUUUCAACCAAUCAGUGCACAUUUGCUGCUUAAUAUGAUUAAAUCAAGCCACACGUCAACAAACUUUUUCUCUCGUCAGCGCAUUUUUGCGUGAAAUUAGACAAAAUCAUUGCAUAUUGCCAUACAAAAAAUUCUGAAUUGCCACAACAACGUCAACCCCCCCCCCCCCCCCCCCCCCCAAAAAAAAAAAAACAGCAACCUUUCACUGGCCUAAUUGGCACCUAUCUCCUAGGCUCUUAUCGCCACGGCAGGGUUUCCGUUAGCCGGUAAUUUACGUAUUUUGGCUGAUAAAAUAAAUGAAAAGCCGAUAAAUAAAAAUGUUGCUGGCCAAAUUGUCCAGGGCUGCCUAUCACCCCGAUUCGCUUCAGUACCAUUCUCUCACCCUUGCGCGCUGCCUCUGCUGAGGAGAGAGAGAGCGAGAGAGGAGCCUUUGCCUAGGCUACUGUUGAUUGCGAAGAUGGAGCCCUUUUCCAUUUAAGUGAAACGAAAGCUAGAGAGUAUGCCUAUAGUGAAAAGCCCACAAGGCAGGGCUCUAGACUCCGACCAUUUAGUUGCAUUUUGCGACCCUUUGAUUUGGCUGUGCAAGUAAAAAAAAUAAUAUUGGUCGCAUCGGUGCGAGCUGCACAUUCAUUCACCUCACUCAAAACUAUUUUUUGGGGGGCUAAAACCAUGAUUUGGUCAAACAGUACAAAAAGUACAUUAUCCUCAUGAUUCCUGUAACGAAGGUGUCUGCCUGCCUGCCACUGUCUCAGGCAGGAUGAAAAUGACUACAUGAACCAUGAUCCUUUGCUAGUUACGGCCACCUUAGCGAUUUUUUUGGGUGCCAUUUAGGCCUAUUCAGCAAUAUGGCUUGCUUCAAAUUCAACUACUUCCUGUGCCAUCCGGAGUUUUCCAUAAGAAUACAUGGAUGAUGUCAGCGCUAUCACUAUCUACGGGUUUUAAUGUCUAUGGUUGUCACAGAUGGACAUUAAAUGUGCUGUUAGAUUAAUACAUGGCUACUAGCAGUGGGUAUUAUCUUUAGAGUUAGUGAUCUAGCUAAUGUGCUUCGAGUUUCCACUUACUCAGGUUGUGAAUUAGCCGCAAAUAAAGUAUCCUAUAAUAUUAGAGCGCAUAAAGAUGCAGGCAAAUUAAUCUCUAUCAAAAAAAUAAAAAAAUAAAUCUGGAGCACUAUUUUAACUGUAAAAUAUAACAAUAGCAUAAUUGUCUACCCUAAACGCAUGACAAUCACUGGAUUAGGUUGCACAUUAAACUAUUUUGAAUCACAAAAAAGAUGAUGAAACAACUUAUUUCUUUACUAACAUCUCAGUAGUCUAUUACACUUGAAUAAAGUACUGUGAAUGACUUUAUAAGAAACAUUUUCAAAAUUCUAUUGAGUGAUGCCGCGGAAAACAGUUGGUGAAUUAGGAUGUCGGUGUCGUAGCAUGCCGCCAGCAUAUCUCCUCUCUCUGGUGCUAUGCCUAAGCUUCUCUUCCUUUAUAUUUCUUUUUUUAAAUAAUAUCAUACAGUUGACACCUAAGCCUAUAGGUCUAUGCAUGCAGUUAGUGCUCAAAUCUCUGACAGCUGAACCGUGAGGAGGACAAUUAUUGUUUUAGGAAAGUAAAAACAAUAUAACAAUAGGCUAUAAAGUUUAGCAUAUGCUACACAUCGAAACACAAGGAAUCGUGUUUUUGUCAUUUAUUAUAGGCUGUUUUUAAGAACACGGAAAUGUGGCUCAUUUGGCCAAUAUCCCUCGUUUAUUGAUGGCGCUGGCUGCGUGGGAGGACGCGCUAUUAGGUUAUGCACCCAAUGCAUAAGGAUCACCAGUACAUUUCUCAAAUGUCAGAUAAAUUAAAAUAUUCCCUGUCACUACUCCGGCGCCUGAUUUUCCUAAUGGAAAUCCUGCACCACAGUUUCCACUACAUCAGUAAAGCCCUGGUCUUUUGAUGUUCAUCUUAAACAUCUUAAAAACAAAACUUAGACAUGCCUUGGUAUUCAUGACCUAAAGAAUCAUUCAGUCUAAAUGCAGAUAUGCAACAGCUGAGGCGCAAUUCACAGAGAGACAAAAAGACAGUGAGACAUAUUUCCAACUUAACCUUCUUCAAAGUGUACAUUACCAAUAAAGUAUUGAUUCAUAUAUUUUCAUAGCUGCUUUGCAGAACUAUUUACAUGAGAUUUCUCCUUCCCUUCUCUCCACAUCAUACCUCAACCCCAUGCUCUCUCCUAUCCUAAUAUUUUCUUUACCCCUUCUCUCUCUCUCUCUCUUUCUCUGUUUUUCCUUCAUCUCACUCUCUCCCUAUAGGUUUAUGAAUGAGGUGGGUGGUGUGGACAGGACGGAUGAUGGCUGGAUGAAGGAGAGAGUAUUACCGAUGGAGCGAGAGUACCAGCGCGUCUCAAUAUCAGGGGAGGAGAAGUGUGGGGUGAGAGCUGCUGACUAAACAACUUGAUAGAAUAAAUCCAAUCACAGUCCAUCCUGAUCAGUGUUUUAUCAUUCCAAGUACUAGUUGGUUGGUCUGUAUGUGCCACAUGCUCACUAUGGAAGGAAAACCACUUCCGUCAACAAGUCUAUUGAAGGAAAAGAGGAGUGGGUUUGGCAGUGCUUUGACUUUUAUUUAUUUAGACAGUUGGAGGCAGUUUAGAAAUGAGAGCCUGGAACAGGUAGUGAACCCCGGUCUCCAGUGGGGACAGCAUGUGGUCUAGAAUUGUGGAAUUGUUACCCACUCAGCCACACUCUUGACGGUGCCUGUGGAUGCCUAAUCACUGUAGACCUGAUUUGUACCGUUCUGCCCUGACCAGGUGCCCUUCACAGACCUGGUGGAUGCAGCUAAAUGUGUGGUGAAGGCCCUGUUCAUCAGGGAGAAAUACAUUGCGAUGUCCAUUCAGAACUUCUGUAAGACCACUGCCUGCGAGCUGGGGGAGCUGGGAGAGAAACCCCUGGACCUACGCGUCUAUGAGGAGAUCCCCGAAACCCCCGUUGAUGCAGGUAUGACCCACUCACACACCUGACACGUUGGGUAUGACACAAACUGAGACACACAGGGCAUAGCUGUAGGGUUUCUGCCCCCAUCUUCUUUAGCAAUUGAGUUACUUUGUGAAAUUGUGAAUGAAAAUGUGUGAUGUAGUAGUGAUGUAUAAUAAUAGUGAUGUAUAAUAAUAUGGUCAACUUUUCUCCCUUCCCCACUGUCUCCCACAGAUGCUCCAGUCCACCCCCCUGUCUCAGAGACUCACCCCUAUGAAAACCAGGACACCAAGAACAUGCCUGCAGACACAGGGUACAGCUGUAAGAUGGUGGAUGGGGUCAUGCAUGUCUACACCAAGAAGAGCCCCAUGGAGAAGUGGGUUUGUGUUUGAGUCUGCUUGUUUUCAGCUUUUGGAGGGAAGUGUGUGUUGUGUGAUGGGCUAGUCUGCUUCUACGUGUGUGUAAGAGAGAGUGUGUAACGGAAAAGCUCCAUCCUCAUUUCCAGGAGUACAGAGUUGGACCUGCCUUACCCAGACCUGAAGGAGUACAUCGCUGACAUGAACAUCAUGAUGGCUCUCAUCAUUAACGGACCAGUGUGAGUGUUACUGGCUCUUCAACCAGGAGCCUUACCAUCAACAUCAGUCACAUCUGUUGUCUCAUUAGUACUCAGUGUGUUUGUGUGCGUGUGAAUGCGUGUGUGUGUGUGUGUGUGUGUACAGAAAGUCAUUCUGCUACCGCCGGCUGCAAUACCUGAGCUCUAAGUUCCAGAUGCACAUCCUGCUAAAUGAGAUGAAGGAGCUGGCAGCCCAGAAGAAGGUUCCUCACCGCGACUUCUACAACAUCCGCAAGGUGACACACAACAACAACAACACUGACACAACAACCGUUCACAACACUGGGGCACAGCAUCCAACAGCUUAUUGAUCUACAACAUCUCUAUAAUACCUGCAAAGUGUUCAAUAUCAGUUAGUCUCCCACUAUUAUAUUGGUGUAGUUUCUACCCCGUCAUGUGACCAAUGAAGAUACACCACUGCUAAGUGCUAACUAACUCAUACUUUUUUUGUCUUUCAAAUCAAAUCAAAUCCAAUUUUAUUUGUAACAUACACGUGUUUAGCAGAUGUUAUUGCGGGUGUAGCGAAAUGCUUGUGCUUCUAGCUCCGACACUGCAGUAAUAUCUAACAAGUAAUAUCUAACAAUUUCACAACAUACACCCAAUACACACAAAUCUAAGUAAGGAAUGGAAUUAAGAAUAUAUACAGAUAUGGACGAGUAAUGAUAGAGCAGUAGGACUAAGAUACAGUAGAAUAGUAUAGAAUACAGUAUAUACAUAUGAGAUGAGUAAUGCAAGAUAUGUAAACAUUAUUAAAGUGACACACUCUGGCAUCCAUCCUCAGUAUUUCACUGUUGUUGACCCUGUCCCUGUCUCUCCCCCUCCCUCUGCCCCCAGGUGGACACACACAUCCAUGCCUCGUCUUGUAUGAACCAGAAGCACCUGCUGCGUUUUAUCAAGCGGGCCAUGAAGAAGUACCCUGGGGAGAUAGUCCACAUGGAGCACGGCCGGGGACAGACCCUCAUGGAGGUGUUUGAGAGCAUGAACCUGACCGCCUUCGACCUGAGUGUGGACACACUGGACAUGCACGCGGUGAGGAGAGGGGGAGAGGGAAGGGCAAAAGAUAAUUGUUAGAGAGGGAGGGGUAGGAGAAUUGUUAGAGAGGGAGGGGUAGGAGAAUUGUUAGAGAGGGAGGGGUAGGAGAAUUGUUAGAGAGGGAGGGGUAGGAGAAUUGGGAGAAGAAGAGUGGUACAGUAAGUGUCACCUGUCUGUUCUCAGGACCGCAACACGUUCCAUCGCUUUGACAAGUUCAACGCCAAAUACAACCCCAUCGGAGAGUCCAUCCUGAGAGAGAUCUUUAUCAAGACAGACAACCACAUCGAGGGCAAAUACUUUGGCCACAUGAUCAAGGUCUGAAACCAGCCCAUGCUACAUUAAACAGCCAUACAGUCAGUGGUGUUUAUGUGUUAGUUCACCCCACAUAGUUAUGCACAUUCAUAUUAAGAGAAAAUGUGGCCUUGAAGUCUUAAUUUACAGACAUGAAUACAAUGAUAUUGAUGUCUCUAAUACAUUGAUGUUGUUGAUGUGCCAACAGGAGGUGAUGGCUGACCUAGAGGAGAGUAAGUACCAGAACGUGGAGCUGCGUCUGUCCAUCUACGGCCGCUCCCGGGACGAGUGGGACAAGCUGGCCCAGUGGGCCGUCAAACACCAAGUCUACUCUGACAAUGUGCGCUGGCUCAUCCAAGUGCCCCGCCUUUUGUGAGUAGUACCUCUACCUACUACAGCAUCAACAAAGCAGUUAUACAUGUCUACCUUUUAUCAGCUUGUAUUGGAUGUAAACCUCUCCUUGUAUUUGUGGCAAGUAUUAUGAAUGAAGGUUAUGAAUCUUUGAAUGAAUACUAUGAAUGAAUGUGAAUUAUAGUCAUCUUCCAUAUUAUUAACCCUCCUCUGACUGCAGUGAUGUGUACCGCACCAAGAAGCAGCUGGCAAACUUCCAGGAGAUGAUGGAGAACAUCUUCAUGCCUCUGUUUGAGGUCACCAUCAACCCCCGCAGCCACCCUGAGCUGCACCUCUUCCUGCAGCAUGUGAGUCACUCACACAGCACUAGGCACUAGCCCAACAGUCCACACAGUAGGAUUCUCCCUUUCCCUACACCUAACAUAUCCAGACAGUUCAGAUGCAUUUUUUUCCGGUAUGAAAUAACUUAGGGCCCUACCUCAUUCAUACACUCCAGGCACUGUUUUACAGUAACUUAUUGUUGUAUCACUGUGUUGUCAGGUGGUGGGCUUUGACAGUGUGGAUGAUGAGUCCAAGCCGGAGCACCACAUCUUCAACAUGGACAGCCCCCUGCCAGCCGUCUGGACAGAGGAGGACAACCCUCCCUACUCCUACUACCUCUACUACACCUACGCCAACAUGACCGUGCUCAACCACCUGCGCAGGUACCAGGCUGCUUAACAAACCUCAGCACACAGACAACAAUAGAAAAUAGAUAAAGGCCCAGUGCUGUCAAAAAAUUGAUUUUCAUGUGUUUUCUAUAUACAGUACCAGUCAAAAGUUUUCUUUAUUUUUAUACUAUUUUCUACAUUGUGGAAUAAUAGUGAAGACAUCAAAACCGUGAAAUAACACAUAUGGAAUCAUGCAGUAACCAAAAAAGUGUUAAACAAAUAUAUUUUAUAUUUGAGAUUCUUCAAAGUAGCCACCCUUUGCCUUGAUGACAGCUUUGCACACUCUUGGCAUUCUCUCAACCAGGUAGUCACCUGGAAUGCAUUCAAUUAGCGGGUGUGCCUUGUUAAAAGGUAAUUUGUGGAAUUUCUUUCCUUCUUAAUGCGUUUGAGACAAUCAGUUGUGUUGUGACAAGGUAGGGUUGUUAUACAGCAGAUAGCCCUAUUUGGUAAAAGACCAAGUCCAUAUUAUGGCAAGAACAGCUCAAAUAAGCAAAGAGAAACGACAGUCCAUCAUUACUUUAAGACAUGAAGGUCAGUCAAUACGCACAUUUCAAGAACUUUUAAAGUUUCCUCAAGUGCAGUCACAAAAACCAUCAAGCGCUAUGAUGAAGCUGGCUCUCAUGAGGACCGCCACAGGAAAGGAAGACCCAGAGUUACCUCUGCUCUAGAGAAUAAGUUCAUUUACAUUACAUUUACGUCAUUUAGCAGACGCUCUUAUCCAGAGCGACUUACAAAUUGGUGCAUUCACCUUAUAGCCAGUGGGAUAACCACUUUACAAAUUGUUAUUUUUUUAUUUAAUUUUGUUUAUUUUUUUUAUUUUUUUGGGGGGGGGGGGGGGGGGGGGUAGAAGGAUUACUUUAUCCUAUCCCAGGUAUUCCUUAAAGAGGUGGGGUUUCAAAUGUCUCCGGAAGGUGGUGAGUGACUCCGCUGUCCUGGCGUCGUGAGGGAGCUUGUUCCACCAUUGGGGUGCCAGAGCAGCGAACAGUUUUGACUGGGCUGAGCGGGAACUAUGCUUCCGCAGAGGAAGGGGAGCCAGCAGGCCAGAGGUGGAUGAACGCAAUGCCCUCGUUUGGGUGUAGGGACUGAUCAGAGCCAGAAGGUACGGAGGUGCCGUUCCCCUCACAGCUCCAUAGGCAAGCACCAUGGUCUUGUAACAGAUGCGAGCUUCAACUGGAAGACAGUGGAGUGUGCGGAGGAGCGGGGUGACGUGAGAGAACUUGGGAAGGUUGAACACCAGACGGGCUGCGGCAUUCUGGAUGAGUUGUAGGGGUUUAAUGGCACAGGCAGGGAGCCCAGCCAACAGCGAGUUGCAGUAAUCCAGACGGGAGAUGACAAGUGCCUGGAUUAGGACCUGUGCCGCUUCCUGUGUAAGGCAGGGUCGUACUCUCCGAAUGUUGUAGAGCAUGAACCUACAGGAUCGGGUCACCGCCUUGAUGUUAGCGGAGAACGACAGGGUGUUGUCCAGGGUCACGCCAAGGCUCUUCGCACUCUGGGAGGAGGACACAACGGAGUUGUCAACCGUGAUGGCGAGAUCAUGGAACGGGCAGUCCUUCCCCGGGAGGAAGAGCAGCUCCGUCUUGCCAAGGUUCAGCUUGAGGUGGUGAUCCGUCAUCCAUACUGAUAUGUCUGCCAGACAUGCAGAGAUGCGAUUCGCCACCUGGUUAUCAGAAGGGGGAAAGGAGAAGAUUAGUUGUGUAUCGUCAGCGUAGCAAUGAUAGGAGAGGCCAUGUGAGGAUAUGACAGAGCCAAGUGACUUGGUGUAUAGCGAGAAUAGGAGAGGGCCUAGAACUGAGCCCUGGGGGACACCAGUGGUGAGAGCACGUGGUGCGGAGACAGCUUCUCGCCACGCCACUUGGUAGGAGCGACCGGUCAGGUAGGACGCAAUCCAAGAGUGAGCCAGCUCGGAGAGGGUGGAGAGGAGGAUCUGAUGGUUCACAGUAUCAAAGGCAGCAGACAGGUCUAGAAGGACAAGAGCAGAGGAGAGAGAGUUAGCUUUAGCAGUGCGGAGAGCCUCCGUGACACAGAGAAGAGCAGUCUCAGUUGAAUGACCAGUCCUGAAACCUGACUGGUUUGGAUCAAGAAGGUCAUUCUGAGAGAGAUAGCAAGAGAGUUGGCUAAAGACGGCACGCUCAAUCGUUUUGGAAAGAAAAGAAAGAAGGGAUACUGGUCUGUAGUUGUUGACAUCAGAGGGAUCGAGUGUUGGUUUUUUGAGAAGGGGUGCAACUCCCGCUCUCUUGAAGACGGAAGGGACAUAGCCAGCGGUCAAGGAUGAGUUGAUCAGCGAGGUGAGGUAGGGGAGAAGGUCACCGGAGAUGGUCUGGAGAAGAGAGGAGGGGAUAGGGUCAAGCGGGCAGGUUGUUGGGCGGCCUGCAGUCACAAGUCGCAAGAUUUUAUCUGGAGAGAGAGGGGAGAAAGAAGUCAAAGCAUAGGGUAGGGCAGUGUGAGCAGGACCAGCAGUGUCAUUUGACUUAACAAACGAGGAUCGGAUGUCGUCAACCUUCUUUUCAAAGUGGUUGACGAAGUCAUCCACAGAGAGAGAGGGAGGGGAAGCAAAGAGCUUCCUAGGGUUAGAGGCAGAUGCUUGGAAUUUAGAGUGGUAGAAAGUGGCCUUAGCAGCAGAAACAGAUGAAGAAAAUGUAGAGAGGAGGGAGUGAAAAGAUGCCAGGUCCGCAGGGAGUCUAGUUUUCUUCCAUUUCCGCUCAGCUGCCCGGAGCUCUGUUCUGUGAGCUCGCAAUGAGUCAUCAAGCCACGGAGCUGGUUCAUUAGAGUUACCAGCCUCAGAAAUCAGCAAUUAACUGCACCUCAAAUUGCAGCCCAAAUAAACGCGUCACAGAGUUCAAGUAACAGACACAUCUAAACUUUUCAGAGGAGACUGCGUUAAUCAGGUCUUAAUGGUCAAAUUGCUGCAAAGAAACCACUACUAAAGGACACCAAUAAUAAGAAGAGACUUGCUUGGUCCAAGAAACACGAGCAAUGGACAUUAGACCAGUGGAAAUCUGUCCUUUGGUCUGAUGAGUCCUAAUUUGAGAUUUUUGGUUCCAACCGCCGUGUCUUUGUGAGAUGCAGAGUAGGUGAACGGAUGAUCUCCGCAUGUGUGGUUCCCACCAUGAAGCAUGGAGGAGGAGGUGUGAUGGUGUGGGGGUGCUUUGCUGGUGACACUGUUGGUGAUUUAUUUAGAAUUCAAGGCACACUUAACCAGCAUGGCUACCACAGCAUUCUGCAGCGAUACGCCAUCCCAUCUGGUUUGGGCUUAGUGGGAAUAUCAUUUGUUUUUCAACAGGACGAUGACCCAAAACACACCUUUUAGGGACCAAUGUUGUUUUAGAUAAUUUGGCAGUACGCCAAACCGGCCUCACAACCUCAUAGUACGUGUAACCACGCCAGCCCAGGACCUCCACAUCCGGCUUCUUAACCUGCGGGAUCGUCUGAGACCAGCCACCCGGAAAGCUGAUGAAACUGAGGAGUAUUUCUGUCUGUAAUAAAGCCUUCUUGUGGGGAAAAACUCACUCUGAUUGGCUGGGCCUGGCUGCCUAGUGGGUGGGCAUGGCUCCCCAGUGGGUGCCCACCCAUGGAUGCGCCGCUGCCCAGUCAUGUGAAAUCCAUUGAUUAGGGCCUAAUUAAUUUAUUUCAAUUGACUGAUUUCAUUAUUUGAACUGUAACUCAGUAAAAUCAUUGAAAUUGUUGCAUGUUGUGUUUUAUAUUUUUGUUCAGUAUAUUUCCACGCUAUGAGGUUGGAAUAAUAUUGUAAUAUUAUGGAAAUUAUGAUAAUGCCCUUUUAGUGUAAGAGCUGUUUGAAAAGACUGCCUGACAUUUCAGCAUGUUUUGGUGGGAGGGAGUUUUGGCCUGCCUGGUAAAUUAAUUAAUAGACCAAUAAGAAAGAGAGUUCCAAACCUCUCUGCCAAUAACGGCUAGUUUUCAGUUUUCCACUUCCCACUCCCAGACAGCCCUAGCAAAAUUCUUGCUUGAGAAAUUGCUCUUUGCAAAGAAGCUAUUUUGGUUUCUUUUUUACCACGGAAAUAAUCACAGUAAAGUACUUAAUUGUUACCCAGAAAUGAUUUGAUAUUGAGAUAACAACAGCUGCAUUGGACCUUUAUACACUACCGUUCAAAAGUUUGGGGUCACUUAGAAUUUUUUUUUUUUUCAUGAAAACAUACAUGAAAUUAGUUUGAAAUAUAGCAAAAUGAAUAGGAAAUGUAGUCAUUGACAAGGUUAGAAAUAAUGAUUUUUAAUAGAAAUAACAAUUGUGUCCUUCAAACUUUGCUUUCAUCAAAGAAUCCUCCAUUUGCAGCAAUCACAGCCUUGCAGACCUUUGGCAUUCUAGUUGUCAAUUUGUUGAGGUAAUCUGAAGAGAUUUCACCCCAUGCUUCCUGAAGCACCUCCCACAAGUUGGAUUGGCUUGAUGGGCACUUCUUACGUACCAUACGGUCAAGCUGCUCCCACAACAGCUCAAUAGGGUUGAGAUCCGGUGACUGUGCUGGCCACUCCAUUAUAGACGGAAUACCAGCUGACUGCUUCUUCCCUAAAUAGUUAUUGCAUAGUUUGGAGCUGUGCUUUGGGUCAUUGUCCUGUUGUAGGAGGAAAUUGGCUCCAAUCAAGCGCCGUCCACAGGGUAUGGCAUGGCGUUGCAAAAUGGAGUGAUAGCCUUCCUUCUUCAAGAUCCCUUUUACCCUGUACAAAUCUCCCACUUUACCACCACCAAAGCACCCCCAAACCAUCACAUUGCCUCCACCAUGCUUGACAGAUGGCAUCAAGCACUCCUCCAGCCUCUUUCAUUUGGUCUGCGUCUCACAAAUGUUAUUCUUUGUGAUCUGAACACCUCAAACUUCGAUUCGUCUGUCCAUAACACUUUUUUCCAAUCUUCCUCUGUCCAGUGUCUGUGUUCUUUUGCCCAUCUUAAUCUUUUCUUUUUAUUGGCCAGUCUGAGAUAUGGCUUUUUCUUUGCAACUCUGCCUAGAAGGUCAGCAUCCCGGAGUCGCCUCUUCACUGUUGACGUUGAGACUGGUGUUUUGCGGGUACUAUUUAAUGAAGCUGCCAGUUGAGGACCUGUGAGGCAUCUGUUUCUCUAACUAGACACUCUAAUGUAUUUGUCCUCUUGCUCAGUUGUGCACCGGGGCCUCCCACUCCUUUUCUAUUCUGGUUAGAGCCAGUUUGCGCUGUUCUGUGAAGGGAGUAGUACACAGCAUUGUACGAGAUCUUCAGUUUCUUGGCAAUUUCUCGCAUGGAAUAAAUAGCCUUCAUUUCUCAGAACAAGAAUAGACGAGUUUCAGAAGAAAGUUCUUUGUUUCUGGCCAUUUUGAGCCUGUAAUCGAACCCACAAUUGCUGAUGCUCCAGAUACUCAACUAGUCUCAAGAAGGCCAGUUUUAUUGCUUCUUUUAUCAGCACAACAGUUUUCAGCUGUGCUAACAUAAUUGCAAAAGGGUUUUCUAAUGAUCAAUUAGCCUUUUAAAAUGAUAAACUUGGAUUAGCAAACACAACGUGCCAUUGGAACACAGGACUGAUGGUUGCUGAUAAUGGGCCUCUGUACGCCUAUGUAGAUAUUCCAUAAAAAAUCAGCCGCAAUAGCCAUUUACAACAUGAACAACGUCUACACUGUAUUUCUGAUAAAUUUGAUGCUAUUUUAAUGGACAAAAAAAUUGCUUUUCUUUCGAAAACAAGGACAUUUCUAAGUGACCCCAAACUUUUGAACGGUAGUGUAAAUGAUGAAUGAAUCGCAUGAAAACCUUAAGGAUUGUUUAUGAAAAUGCUUUAUGAAGCAAAUAUGUGUUUGCUUGUGCCAUGCAGGAGGCGUGGCUUCCACACGUUUGUGCUGCGCCCUCACUGCGGGGAGGCGGGGCCUGUCCACCACCUGGUGUCAGGUUUUAUGCUUUCAGAGAACAUCUCCCACGGGCUGCUGCUCAGGAAGGUCAGUCAGCACCCACAUCUCCCAUAGCGAUGCCACACUACCAUGGCAACAACACUACUGACAGAUAGUACAGUUCAGUUCAUAGGUGACCUCUGAAGGUUUGAUUUAUUUAUUUAUUAAAUUAUGUUUUGGGACUUUGCUCACCAGGUUACUUCAGUUGCAAAUGUAAGAGAAUUCAGGAGAACAAUCAGACACUGUUCCCUUGAAUUACUGCAAUUGUGCAUUCAACAAGAUAGACUAUAUUGUAUCAUAUGGCGUCUCUUUCCUCCUCUUGUCCCCAGGCACCAGUGCUGCAGUACCUGUACUACCUGGCUCAGAUUGGCAUUGCCAUGUCCCCCCUGAGCAACAACAGCCUGUUCCUCAGCUACCACCGCAACCCCCUGCCUGAGUAUCUGUCCAGAGGCCUCAUGAUCUCUCUGUCCACUGACGACCCCCUACAGUUCCACUUCACCAAGGUCAGUGUACAGGGGAGCGCUGUCAAGACAGACUCACACAGAGGCAAAACCACACACACUACAACUAUGUAACUAUGGGGGCUGCAAUGGUGAGUCAGUACAGUCAAUUAGUACAAUUAAUGUAAUGUUUCUUUGUCUUUUGUGUGUGUUUGGCCUCAGGAGCCCCUGAUGGAGGAGUACAGCAUUGCCACACAGGUGUGGAAGCUGAGCUCCUGUGACAUGUGUGAGCUGGCCAGGAACAGCGUCCUUAUGAGCGGCUUUUCCCACAAGGUAUCCGCUUCCUCUCCUCUCAUCCAUAUUUUUGCCCUCUGGUCUCUGACCUUCCCUUUCAUUUGUCUCUUAUAAUGGAAUAGCAAUGGAUUAAAUUAAAUGUAGUGGUGCAUGGCAGCCAUUUUGUGCCAAGUGCUCUGCUCUGACAUUCUUUCUUGUCUCCAGGCAAAGAGCUACUGGCUGGGGCCCAAAUACAGCAAGGAGGGCCCGGAGAGCAACGACAUCCGUCGUACCAACGUCCCGGACAUCCGCGUGGCGUACCGCAGUGAGACCCUGCUGGAGGAGCUCAACCUCAUCACCCACGCUGUGCGCACCAAGGAGCUGGACAACAUCGACGAGGAGGACACCCUCUCCAUGGCCCCCGUCGGGGCAGAAGGACGCUAA